GAUAUGCGGGCUUCGCCUGACAGUGGGAAAAGCGUCAGAAUUUUUUACGGAAAAAUUACCGCACCUCAUUGACUUGCAUGUAACUCACUGCAUAUGAAACCUCGACAUUAAAGAUUAUCGGGUGCUUAGUGAAAGCUAGCUCUCGGGGUGGAUUUCUCUAAAGUUUGUGUCUUAAAAACCACUGUCCACUGUUGCAAUUCCCUAUGCCUCGGGGCACGGAAAGUGAGCAAACACGAAGUGGGCUCUCUCACCAGGGCACCCGCCCGCGGAGCUCACCGAUUGCGCUGAAAUUGCGCUGAAUCGCUGUGCCUCUGUCCCCACCCCCAUUCGGCCGAAGCUCAAUCGAGGCGUGCUGUGCUGUCGUCUGUCAUUUGGCCGACGGUGCUCCAUACGUGAAUGAACCGGGCUCCGGCGCCACAGACGGGACGGAGGAGCUCCGCUACCUGACAGCUCACCGCUCUACCGACCCUUGGAGGGUAGGAGGAUCCGCACUGUCGCCUCCUACAGGACGUACACCUUCGCUGCGGUUGCUCGACGGCACAGCCGCGCUCUGCUGAACGAAGCACCUGACACCUGGGACACCCGACACAAUGUCCGGCAAGAAGAACGGAAACGUUCUCGCCGUCCUCCUCCUUCUGCCUCUGGCCUGCUGCAUGCACUCAGAACAUGGGGACUGCGUGAUCAAGCGAGAGCAGGAGAAGUGCAUGGAGAGUAUAGCCAGUGACAACGACCCCGAUCGCCCAGGCUGCCCGUGGAUGUGGGACAACGUCACAUGCUGGCAGCCGGCUGCUGUGGGGGACAUGGUGACCAUCAGCUGCCCGGAGAUUUUUGUGGUUAUGGGCCUAGGGGACGAAGAAUUAGCCAAGGUCAGCCGCAACUGCACAGAGGACGGCUGGUCAGACACCUUCCCACACUACGCCGACGCCUGCACCAACUUUGACAACGCCACUGAAAUCGACCUGUACUAUGCGUCGGUCAAGGCGCUAUACACCGUGGGCUACAGCACUUCACUGGUGUCCCUCACCACCGCCAUGGUCAUCCUCUGCAGGUUUAGGAAGCUGCACUGCACUCGGAAUUUCAUCCACAUGAACCUGUUCGUCUCCUUCAUCCUGCGCGCCAUAUCCGUGUUCAUCAAGGACGGAGUGCUCUAUGCAGAGGAGGAUAGCAACCACUGCUUUCUGCGCACCGUGGAGUGUAAGGCAGUUAUGGUGUUUUUCCACUACUGCGUCAUGUCCAACUACUUCUGGCUCUUCAUUGAGGGCUUGUACCUCUUCACCCUGCUGGUGGAGACCUUCUUCCCUGAGCGGACAUACUUCUAUUGGUAUAUCAUCAUUGGUUGGGGGAUGCCCACUGCCUGUGUCACGGUCUGGGCGGUGCUCCGGCUGCACUUUGACGACAUCGGCUGCUGGGACAUCAACAACAACGCUGCCAUCUGGUGGGUCAUUAAGGGACCUGUAGUGGCAUCCAUUAUGAUAAACUUUGUCCUCUUCAUCGGCAUCAUCAUCAUCCUGGUUCAGAAACUGCAGUCUCCUGACAUCGGCGGCAACGAGUCCAGCAUUUACCUGAGACUGGCCCGCUCCACCCUCCUGCUCAUCCCCCUGUUCGGGAUCCACUACACGGUCUUCGCCUUCUCGCCCGAGGACGUCAGCAAGAGGGAACGGCUUGUCUUUGAGCUGGGCCUCGGGUCUUUCCAGGGAUUCGUGGUGGCUGUGCUGUACUGCUUCCUCAAUGGAGAGUUUCUCCCUAAAGGUGCAAUCGGAGAUGAAGAGGAAAUGGCGAAGCUGGACGGUGAACCGGUACUUUGCUGUGGACCUGAAGCACCGGCACCCGUCGCUGGCGAGCAGCGGGGUCAACGGGGGGACGCAGCUGUCCAUCCUGAGCAAGAGCAGCUCGCAGAUCCGCAUGUCCAGCCUGCAGGCGGAGACGCCGGCCACCUGAGCGCCUGAGAGUGGCCUCUGGAGCCUCGCCACACUCGCCGACACACACGCACACCUCACACACACUCCGGCCCGCCAUCCCAAAAACCAGCAAACCCCAUUCAAAACCUGCCCGGACCCACCAGACACCCAACAGGGGCCGGCACAGUCUCGCUUGCCUGCCUGCACCACGACCUGGCAGCUAUCGCCCCAGUGGUCACCAUACGAAUAUAUUGGAAUUGCCAAAAAAAGGCCAGUGAUAUUCCUUUGAGAAAUACGCACUGGAAAUGCCGAAUGUUCAUUUUCUUGUACAUAGUGAACGACGAGUGAAAUGUCCCUUCGUCUCAUUCUCAUUCUACUUGGACUGAAUCGAAAUGCAGGAAACUGCGAGUCGACCACUGGUCGUAGACCGCUCUUGCCCGAGGGACCACGGAGCGGGUCAGGGUGGCUGGCGCUCGGCCCAAGUGGGGUGGUGGUCAUCAGCUCGUUAAUGGCAGAGCCUGGCCGCCCAUGUGUAUCUGUACAUAAAAUCGACGUCGCUGUCUGGAAGAAAAUGACCGAUGGUCAUGGUCGUCAAUGAGGAAGCAGCCUGUCACGGAGAAAGGCGUGGUUCAGUAGGACAUGUAAAUAUCCAUCCGCCAUGUUUACCACGGUAACAGGACCUGGUUCACUGCGAUGCCGAUGUGCCCUGCGGUACCUGCAUGCGUUAAUGCGUCUGGAAUUCCGGUCGGCCUGCCAUAUUCCUGGAUUGUCAUCUUAGUGCCCCCUUCUCCGGCAUAUUUGUGAUCCGGGGUUCGGAAACAGAGACGAAUCAAAGCUCUAUGGAAAAUAUGACCACAAAGUAUCGCUGUGGUUCUAGGGGAUACCCAGCUUCUCUCUGGCACUGACUUGGGUGGAAGUUGCCGGAGUUUUCUGUAUGGUUGCACCACCUGGAUGGAGUGGUACCGUUACCUCUAAGAUGACACGUGCGAGAAUGAGGUCACGUGUUCAUAAUCUCCCUGCUGACUAAGGAAACCAGUAAAGGGACAGACUUAUGAGGUAUCAUCAGAGCCAUGACAUUGCAGGAGGUCGGACAGUGUCGGUUCAUGAAGGAUUAGAUUUAUUAACAGCGACUAAAAUUAGGAAACAUCAGUUUAGUCCUAGAAAAUAAAUAAAUAAUUUCUAAAUGGAGUAUGAUUUGAUGAAUCACAAAAUAUUGCCAACGGCAGCAUAAUUUUUAUGUACUUCUGCACUGGCUAUGAAGUGGAAAAUCUGGAGAAUUUUUUAGUUUAUUCAGAAUACUUUUCUUAAUACAGAGUAUUCUAUUUUAUAUGUUAAAAAACACACUUCCCCUGAGACUUAACAUUGUCAAGAUGUUAAAAAGAAAAACUGAAAGAUCUCUGGCUAUGAAGAGUGCAUUGUGUCAAAAGCCUUACUACAGCGGAAUGCCUAUAGCAUUUAAUAGCCACCAGUACAGAAAAUGUCAAUAACUUCUGUGUUUCUCAGAAUGACCUGUUUAGUCUUUUUAAAUGUUGUGUGUAUUUGGUACUGUGAUCGUUUAAAAAUUUCACUGAUAUAAGAAAAUCCUUGUGUUGUUAUUUUAAGUCCAGAGCCCAACCUAUAGCGCUCAUAUAAAGGUUAUGUAGAGAAAGUUUAUAUAAAUAUCAAUACUUGGAGCUGUGGGAUUUCUAUCAAGCUGUAAGAUGCAAAUGUAACAAGUUUUGGGCUGUCCAGUUGAUUUGUGGAAAAUAUACGUGUGUGUGGUCUACACUAAUAUAUCCUGUGAUGCCUGACAUGGACGAGAUCUACACCAAACAAGGCAGUAAAAUUCGGUUGUUUCUUCCAAUUAUAAGAUUAAACUUUUAGACAAUUUAUGCUUCGUGAUAAGCAUGUUACAUUGCUCGGUAUAUUCAUUCCAUCUUCAGAAGUGCCUUUCCAACCACAUAACAACUGAGUUAUCCUACAAAGAGAACAUCUGCUUCUCUUUCCGAGAGCCUCAAUGAUCUGGAAUGCAAAGUGCUUUUUAUCGGAGCGUGUCAGUAAUUUAAAUAACUGCAGCUAAUCAUCCCUUUAGAUGAGACACUUUCUCUCUCCAGAUGCCAUAACCUGUGGCCACAAGAAACACUUAAAAAAACAUUACUGGAAUAUCCUAGAAUAAAGUGAGACAUUUAAAUGAAUCCCACAAGGUCCAUAUUCCGUGACCUCAAUGAAUAAAAAUAGUAUAGUCUUAAAUUUACUUUAUAUUAGAUAUAUAAUAGAGUGAAAUGCAAAUAUUUAGAAAAGGAGUACAAAAUAGAUUAUUUUCUAACUGAUUUUGUAAUACCACAGUGAUAUUAUUUCUUCUGAUGAAAUAUAUGCUAAUGUAGAUUUCAGCAACAGUUUACAGUAUCAAAUAGCACAAUGAAUUAUCACCCUGCGUGGCUGUGAGGCCCAGACUUCUCUCUGUGGCAUCUUUAGGUUUCCCAAAGAACUCAAUAAGCCAAUUAAGAAAACAAAGCAAUCCCCAUCUCACAAGUUGCAAAUUUUUUUUUCUUCAUGUCAAAAUUCACUUGAGCCAUCUACUGCCCCCUAGUGGCUGCCAAUUCCUCAGACGCCUGUGGCCCAUUUUGUUGCUGUGUUGACAAAAAAAACGUGUUCAGUACUUCGUGAAUGAGCCUUAAAUAUUCUCUCCCUGAUGUCAACGCAUUUGACUGCAUAGGUCACUUCAGCCAGUACAAUGGUGGUUUGUUUCUGUGACUCUUUGUCACAAUACCUGCCGAGGUUGGUUAAAACCUUUGUCUUUCUGUACUUUUAUAUUAUUGUCUUCAGUGCUAGUGGGUAGCAUGAUGUACAGCCUGGUGCCCGUGUGGUAAAUUCGUGCCCUAUAGCCACCUUUCUGCUCUUUAUAUGCAUGCUUAAUUGUUAUUUUUGUGUAACAUGAACUAAGGUGCCAAUAACAGUAUUUUUGACAAGGGAAGACGAAAAGAUCCUUUAAAAUGUUGUCUACUACUGGGAUAAGUGUUUGAUGAACUCGUGAACGGUUUUGGCCAACUUUGACAGAAGUCUAUUCAGCUCCCAACCCAGACCAAUCGCAUCCCCCAACGAAAGGAGACAUCGAUUUAAAUGGCAAGUAUUUGCCAGAAAAAGAAAUGGAUUUUAGAGAUGGUGUGCUUUUUAUGCGAGUUUACAACCAGAGAAUACAGACGAAACAUAGACAUCUCAACAUGCUCCCCACAAUUGGCAUGGCAAGUAUCUCUGCGCAUGUACUGAGUGGCGCCAGGUUCGGAAACGGUUAAGUUCAGGCUUAGGCUAUGCAACACGAGUGGCUUAGAAAUUAAGCUCAAAGGGAGAUCGGUGUUUCAUAUUAUAUAUAAAAAAGAUCUGAAUUUCAGUGUAAUACUUCUCUAAAUUUAUGACCCGUGAAUGUGCUGAGCAUGUUAUUCGGCAUUUAUGUAUGAUAUCGUUUGACUUUCCCUUGAGGAAUCAGGAACCAGCUAUUCCACAGCUGAUUGUAAACGAAGAUGGGUCAAGGCGUGAGGCCAGCAGCUGGACGAGCAUUUCGACUUCAGCGAGGCCUGACUUGGACGGUUUAUAUAAUACUGUUUUUGGUCUCAUCUCCUCCUAAAACCUGAGGGGCUUAUUUUAGACCGGACCUGGUUAUCUCUUUGGGGGGGCGGUGAAGACUGGUGCGGGAGGGAUUAUGCACCACAAGUCUCUCUCCCACAGCACGGCAGAAAUUGGGCAAGCGAAAUACUACAUAUGAAUCAGAUUUCAUAUUUAAACUAUGAGCUAAUCCAGUCUUGCAUCUUCAGGGGAGUCAGUCAGGGGGUGUUUUUUUACAGUUAUAUAAAUAUAUGACUAUAUUUGAGGCAGGAAGGUGGUUCAGUGGGAGCCUCACACCUCCAGUGCUGGGGCUAUGAUUCUUCCCCAGGCUCUAUGUGUGUGUGUGUGUGUGUGUGUGUGUGUAUGUUUCUUGUCUGCUGUAACACAGGGGCACCGCUACAGAUUUUGGGCCCCAUGAAUGUAUAUCAUAUUUUGCUCCCAACUCAGACCAUUCCAAUUAGGUUGCAUAUGUUUUAGGGCCCCUGUCACUCAGGGACCCUUGGAAAGUUGAACGCACCCCCUCCUCCCCUAUACGGCACCCCUGAUUUAUAUUGCUAACGAGUUUCCCAAUGUUUACAAAUCAAGGCCAUUGGACGAUAUAACUGUACUGAAAUAAGCAUAGACCCCCCACCAGGGAAGAAAAAGAUCGACAUAUACAUGAAAAUGUAGGGAGAAUAGAUUGGUACACUUGAAGUUACAUGGGAUAAGUUAAACAACAUAUCAGUUGUCAUUUGUGGGCUUUUUAAAUGUUUAUGUUAUUCUGCAAUAUAAGCUACAGUCUGCAUCCAUCCCUGAGAGUUUCCGGUACACAGUAAUGGAAACCUCAUGUGUAAAUAAGAUUGGGGUCAGAGUUACGCUGACAAAGGUCAAAGGUCAUGUCCGCUCUUCUGCUUGUUGUAUGGUUAUCCACUUUGUUUUUGUUUUUUUUUUAGAUUGACCACACUGUUUAAAUGUCUGUUUUCUUUCAGUGUACAUAUAACAGAUGAAUUUUGUACACCGUUGAAAUAUUGACUUUUAAUCGCAUUAAAUGUUUUUUUGACAGUG